GACUGGUCACGAGUCUAUAAAUACAUAGUGUGAAGCGGCAGAUCUAAGGGACGGUGUGCGCAUGCUCAAUAAAUUAUUAUUUAGUAUAUUUCACGUGUGUGGUGUACAUAAUUUCUGGUGUACACUUGUGCAUUAGGAUGGCGUCAGAUCUUUUUGUCAGACAGAGGAGUGUUCCUGGAUGGAAUGUGCACGUAAUACACAAUCAGACUGCCUUACUUCUCGGUGUCGGUGGUAUUGGCUGUACUGUAGCAUUAGCUUUAUGCCGGCUGGGAAUCAAACGUCUCUACUUAGUCGACUAUGACGUUGUUGACGUCAGCAAUCUAAAUCGCCAAGUUUUAUUUGCCACUCAAGAUAUCGAUCGGCGAAAAGUCGAUGCAGCGAUGGAUGGUCUAGCCAGACACAACAUCCAAACUGAGCUGGUGCCAGUACAUCUUGAUGCUGUUCUUGAAUGGGGAAAGGUUGUUGAGAUGGCAAGGAAGUCAUCGGUGAUCGUCAAUGGUAUUGAUUACGGAGAGUAUUUUGAUUAUGCUGUUACUUCGUUGAGCGUGUCUCUUGGGUGUGACUACGUGUCUGGAAGCUCAUAUGGUCACACAGUCAUCAGCGAAACUACCCAGCGUUUAGAGAUGACAAUAAAAAAGCAUGUUGGGCGUGUAAUAAUGAACCAGCCGAUAAGUCAAUUUUGGUCAGAUUGAUGCCUGAAAAGAUUCAACAAUAUUCUUGC